UAUUUUCUCUCUUUGUGGGGAAAUCACUGGUCUCUCAACCCGGAUGCGAAGCCACAGCUAUCGAUAAUUUUGCAGCGCUGCAGAGCAAGGGGGCGGAAAUAUUUCAGUACCCUUGAAGCGGACAGCUCUCCCCGGAUCCUCACGGUUUCAGACCGCCCGGGCUCCGCAUCCGAGCCUGAAGUGCAGGCACUGCAGGGUCAUAAUUCAUACCUAGGAUAGGGGAAAGUGAAGCGGCCACGCUGAAGGGAAACACCUCCCUACGCUUGCAAGAUCGUGACCACUUGCACGCCACCAGAGCCGUAGUGGAAGGGUGAGAAAGAGGGAGGAAGGAAGAGAAAGGGGGGAGAAGAGCAUCACGAUACGGAUAGAGAUGGCGGAGUGCGGGCGGAAGGCGCUGUCUCUCCUGGAAGCGGCCCGUUCCCGGUACGAGAGCCUGCAGAUAUCCGACGACGUGUUCGGCGAGUCCGGGGAUGACAGCAGCGACAAUCCCUUCUACAGCACCUCCGGAGACUCCGACUCCGACAACUACAUGGGCGAGGAGGAGCAGCAGCAGCAGCAGCACCACCACCACCAUCACAAACGGGGCGAUAAGGAGGGCAGUGGACACCGCGGGGGAUGUGGAGGUGGUGGCAGCGGGAGCAGCGGAGCCGGUCCCCCGGGCUCUCUGUCCCGUAGUCAGGCAGAGGAGGAGGGCUGGACGGAGACUCUGCAGGAUGUCACGGUGCCGCCGUUCAAAGAGACAUAUGGCUCUGCUCAGAAGAUGCCGGCCACCGCCACAGCCUUGGACUUCUUCCAGCUCUUCGUCCCUGACAACUGCAUCCAAAACAUGGUCACCCAGACUAACAUGUAUGCCAAGAAGUUCCAGGAACGCUUCGGCUCAGACGAAGGCUGGCGUCCCGUCACAGCCCAGGAGAUGAAGGCCUUUCUGGGCUUUGUCACCUCCACCAGCGUGCACCGCUGUGAGUCCGUGCUCAGCAUCUGGAGCUCGGGCUUCUUCAGCAACCGGAGCAUCGCCUUGAAGAUGAGCCAGGCGCGCUUUGAAAAGAUCCUCAAAUACUUCCACAUCGUGGCUUUCCGGCCGUCACAGGGAAGCAACCAGGGCCUGUACAAGAUCCAGCCCUUCCUGGACUUGCUGCAGCAGUCAUUCAGCUGCACCUUCAGACCUUCACAGACGCAGGUUCUUCAUGAGCCGUUGAUAGACGAGGAUCCGGUGUUCAUCACCACCUGUACGGAAAGAGAGCUGAGGAAGAGGAAGAAGAGGAAGUUCAGCCUCUGGGUACGACAGUGUACCUCCACCGGAUUCAUCUGUCAGAUCUCAGUCCAUCUGAAGGAGGGCACAGAUGGUCUGGCCACCUUGAAGAACAAGCCUCAGCUCCACAGCCUCGUGGCCAAGCAGCUCUGCCAGAACAUCUCUGGCAAGAACACCAUCAUCUUCACCGGGCCGUCCAUAACGAGCCUCAGCCUCUUCACCGAAUUCAGCAAACAAGAUAUCUACUGUUGUGGUCUGCUGAGCACCAGGAAGAGCGACUGUACAGGCUUACCACAAAACAUGCUGGUCUGCAGCUCUACACCAGCGCAGCGCGGCCAAUCACGAGUGAUGAUGAAAGGCAGCAUGUCACUGAUCAGCUGGUACAACAAGGGACACUUCAGGUUCCUCACCAACGGUUAUUCCCCAACAAAACAAGGUAUCAUCAUAAAGAGGAAAAGUGGGGAGAUCGCAUGUCCCUUGGCUGUUGAGGCCUUUGCGGCGCACCUCAGCUACAUCUGCAAAUAUGACGACAAGUACAGCAAGUACUUUAUCUUCCAUAAACCCAACAAGACCUGGCAGCAGGUGUUCUGGUUGAGCAUCAGCAUCGCCAUCAACAACGCGUACAUCCUCUACAAGAUGUCUGACGCCUACACAGUCAAACGAUACAGCCGAGCGCAGUUUGGAGAGAGACUGGUCAAAGAGCUGCUGGAUUUAGACGACUGCUCCCCCACACAGUGAGGACGAGGAGGAGGAAGAGGAGGACAGCCAGAGCGCAAAACAUAACACACACACAAACACAAUCCCCACAAAUGUACACUUCACUACGGUUGUACAGACACUGCAGUCUGUGUCUAUGUUAUUAUACUGAAGCAGUGCCAAGCCUGUGUCUCUCUUCCUCUAGUUGUUUUCCGUGGUACUGUAAAUAUUCAUUAACACACGACUAGAGAAUCAUGAGCCAUGGGACAGUUCACAUGCCUCAACUGCAACUUCUAACCACAUAGAUUUACUAAGGAUUUGUCAGCAGGCGCUAUUUCACAAGCAGACACGCAGGCGGGAACAAUGAAACCGGGACAAAUUCACCAUUAAAUGAUGUCAGCUUCAAGUCUUAAGUCUUAUCAAAGAGUGAAGGUAUUGAUAUCAGCCUGAAUCACCCGUGUUGAGUGUUCAAACUUGUACUCGUCAGGCUAAAAGGCUACAUGUAGCUCGAUAUUUACAAUCUGCAAAAACACCUGUGAGCCUGUAACAAAAGCUUAGUAACCCAGGACAACCAGGUGUGUUCACACGCUGCAUGCAUGCAUAAAGAAUCUGGAUCGUGAUGUUCUCUUGUUUGGUGUGAAAAUGAUUUUCGCUCCAGGUGGGUUUUGAAAGUGUGUGUGUGUGUGUGUGUGUGUGUGUGUGUGUGUGUGUGUGUGUGUAUAUUUAUCAAGUGGAACUGCCAUUUGUGUGUGCGACAUUGAGCCUGAGGAUGUAAAUUUACAGUUAUUGUGACCCAGAUGUGUCGUGUUGCUGCAUACUGUAUUCACUAGAGGAAGACUGGCAGGUGCCGUAAAGCCACACACAGCAGUGUGCCACCAACUCACAGCCUCUCACUUCAAAAGAGCCAAGAAAGACUCAAAAAAAGAUCUUUUUUUAAAAGCUAAAUAUUCAUGACUAAAAAAGGACAAUUAAUGUUUUGGUGUAUUUAUUAAGACUUAAACAAAACAUUUAAAACUCAGCAUGUGGGUGGUUUGAUCAGAUUUGACUGACAACAUAAAGUAACAACUACACAACUGUUUUAUCUUAAUUCAAGUAUUUCAAAAUCAUGAGAAGAGCGCAGCCAAAAGCAUACAUUUCUCGUGGGAAAAUGGGAUUUGGCAGAAAAAUGUUCUCUCAUAAAAAGAAGCGGAUUGAGAAAAUAGUUUUUCAGGGUCUUUAACAAAAAAUGCCAUUUAAUCUGCAACCUAACUUUGUACAAACACUUUCAAAGGUGGAUAAACUCAUCUUAUUUGUCUAUUUUAGUACUCGCGUAGUUAACUGUGCUUUGCAGGGCACAACAAGUUCAAAAUCUCCUUGAUUGAAUGUUAAGUAAGUAAGCCAGUGUUACUAAGCAAUGAGUACAAUCUGGUAAGCGAGAUGGCGGGGGAUCGGAUUAAUAUUGCUUGGCAAGAUUUGGUACAGGAAGUAAAAACGUACUCACUGGUGGCUUAUAAGAUGUCCCAGAAAACCAAAUGUUGCAACACAUCUUAAUAUAGAUAAGGCUUUGGAAGUCAGGAAGUCCAGAAACAUGAUUCAUGAUUUUAUAACUGGAUUGUUUCUAUUAAUGAGAACUUUUGCAGGAAAUAAAACCUGUGGAUAUACUGACUAUUAUACAUGUUUUUAAGAACAAUCGCAUAAUACCAUCUCGUCUGAAAUGGCAGAUUUCUUGCCAAGUAACAGAUUUAGACCCGCCACCUCUCGUCCAGCCAAUGGAAGUGUGAGAGAAGAGGCGAGCGUUUGUCUGAUUAAAAUGCACUUGCUGUCUUCAGACCAUAUAACCACACUGCUGUCUGUAGCUUUAAUAAGGAGUCCACUUUGCUUUGCUUCACAUGUUAUGCAGUCAACAUGUUAUUGACAUGCUGGAAUCACGUUACGUUACUUUUAAGUGAAAGGUUUUGAUGUGUGCUUGCUCAAUCAGCAUGGUUCGAUGUGUGAAUACAUAUUACAGUAAGACGGCGAGGGUCUUUACGCUGGCAGAGCAGAGCUGUGGAGCGAUUCGCUGGCAGGACUCAUGCACUUUCUCUAAUCGCAGUCUUGCACUUUGAGGAGAGUUGUUAAGUUAGCAACAUGUUUGCUAGAUAAUCCUCUUAGUUUUGAACCCAAUGACACUGCUCUCGGAAAAAAAUAUGUCAAUAAAUUAAUAAGUUCUGUAAAUAUACGUAGAUAAAUUAAAUGGAUUAUAUAAAAAAAAAAAUGCCAAUGAAAUAAGAUGGAAAAGUAAUGACUAUAACCAAAAUAGAAAAGAUGUCCACUGUAGAUUUAGAGUACAAGGUACAGUAUGUAUGUGUAUAUUUUGUUUACAAAUUGCUGCACUGAGUGUGUGUCCAUAAUCACUGAGACUCAAGAUUGUGAUUUUUUUUUUUUUACUUUUUCACUAAUCCAAAGCAUUGUUGUUGUCAUUGUGGCACUUGUCGAAAUGUGUUUAAUUAAUGUUCACCUCAAAGUAGCAAUGUUAACACCCUGUCAUGUCAUGUAGUUGUCAACUUGUGAUUUUAACGUUGAAUAUUGACUAAUUACACACACAUUUGAUGUGAAAUCAAACUGGAGCCAUUUUAGAUAUACACGUUAUUUAUUUUCCCAAGAGUGUUUUGUCUCGUCAUGCCCUACUGUGCUGUGCCGUAGACUGCAUGUAAAGAUGGAUGACGUUGUUAAAUUUUACUUAUUUAGCAGCUGGCUACUCAGCUUGCUAAUUCCACCGAGCGUUCGUGCUAGAGUGGUUACAGAAAAUGAGCCGAACAAAGUUGUCACUCAUCCGGCAAUAACGAUGUGCUUUCCUACGCCCCAAACAGAGUGUGUGGAAGAAUCAUUGAAUUGUUAAAUCCUACUCGGCUUGCUAGUUAGCUAGCUAGCUUGGUAAUUCCACCAUGCUUUCAUGCUGCACUGGUUGCAUAAAUCGAGCAAACAUGGGAGAUGUUUUCCUCCAGAAAUCUCUUUAGGCUUAGGCAACAAACCUAGUUGUUUAGCUUUAGGAAAGGAUCAUGAUUUGGGUUCAACUAAACCCUUUCUGGCAGACAGCCCUGAAGGCAAACUUCUCCUGUGUGCAAAAUGAACCAAACAGUCGAGGCAACUGAGUACUGGCCAAACACAACACCGACCAGGCGAAACACCCUUGUAAAAAAACAAACAUUGCUGAUCUCAUAGUGUACUGACACACCCUGGAGAGUAGCAGCAAGGUGAGAUGGUAACCCACUGGAGGUCAGAAUACUUCUUCUCCACCUCAGAAGGCCCUGAUGCAAUAUGUGUACCUGCAAGGCACAUUGUGGUCUGAAGGGGCCUGGAUGCAAUCAUCACUGAAGCAGAAAUAGACGAGGCAGGCUGAAAAUGAUAAAAUCCAGCUCUUCAAAGCAAAAUGACCCCCAGGCAUGCGUCACACAAUGGUGAAGCACAUAUUUGUCACAAUCUGCGGAGGUUUUCUGUAGUGCUUAUAUCGCUCGGCUCAGAGCAAAAAAGAGAAGAAAUUAUGCACCAGGGACUGUGCAAGGCCAUGGUUACUUGGAAACAAAUUAUAUAUGAGUGUGAGAGGUAGAAACAAACGGUAAUAUUUGAAGAUUUUCUGCCCAUAUUAUAAAAUUGCUAUCACCCCAACUGCUGACUGAGAGCUGAGCGGCUUCAUGUCGUCUCCUUUUUACCAUCUAUCAGAAGAGGAGGGCCAAGGAUCCUCCCUUAUAAUGUUGUUUUUCUUUUAGUUCAGAAGAGGGUUGAGUUUUAGAGCAAAUAGAUCAAACAUGGCUUCAUUUUAAACUCUCAGGUUGAUACCUGAAGCGAUUAUUCUGUCCAGCCGGCUCUAUUGAUCAGCCAUGAAUCAGAUAUUUCUAUAGUGCCUUUUCCGUCAUUUUUUCCUCUCAUUGCAGAGGUUCAGUGUUGAUGUCCUGAAAUAGAGUUGAUGUGAAUGAUUAGUGAACAGUUUAGAUUUUAAAAAAAAUGAAUACGGUAAAAUUCCUGUCCUGCAUGGUGUGAAUAAUAGAAACUAUAGAAAUAAAUCUAUCACCUCCGCAGUAGAGUAAUGUUUUAUGCAGCCCUAUGCCCUUGUUGCUGUAAUGUUUCACCUCAAGUAAUAUUUCACAAAAGUGGUGCCACUGGAGUCAACUCUACAUCCUUUAAUAUGAUAUUUUAUCACAUCUCAAAAACAUAAAUGUCCAAAUAAAAUGUCUUUUUAAAUUAGGUAAUUUUAUUAAUUAUCCAUAAAACAUGAUAAUGGUGGAAGAAAUUAUCCUAGUGAUGGAUUUUAUUUGUUUACAUGGGUAAACUACUAUGUAGGAACCUAGUUUGUAUCUUGGAGGAAAGAGCUGAGCCCCCCUAGAGUCAGAGCAUCCCGUCUCCAAAUAUAACCUUAAAACAAAUUCUAACCACCAAUAUCAAGCCGAGGAGAAAUGUCAUUUUGAUGGGUCUUGCUAGAGCAGCAUGGAGUUUUUUCGCUCCAUUUUCCACCUUGUCUCCUUUUACAGAUAGCAGAGUCAUCUAAUAUCUUUUAUUUAUGUCAGAUGUGCAAACGGGAGUAAACAAAGACGGAUGGGAAGGAGCAAGGUGCUGCUCAGCCGCCAUGACAGAAAUAUUUGUCUUUCAUCCAGUUUUGUCAGUCAAAAGAUUAUCCCGAAAUCAAAAAGAUGCCAUGAAAUAAAUCACCUUCACUGUUUGUUUUGUGGUAACGCAAUGCAGAUGUUUGUGGUUUGCUGUGUGUGCCAGUUUGCCAUCUCUGUACAGUCUGUCUGUGUUUGUAUCCGGAGAGUGAGACAGUUGUCAGUGAAGAUAUUUAAUAAUCUAAGUCAUUAUCUGUGGACGUGAUAAAGAAUUUAAAUGUCUGACCUCAGGGCUUCAUAAUUAACUGCUGUACAAUAUAUUCACUUAUUGAAAUAACAUACUCUAAAUGGACUUCUAUAACCUUAUCAGGUGCUAUCAAACCCACUGUUCAAGUAAUAGUAGAGGUAGAUUUGUUGUUGUUGUUGGAAGCUCAGCAACCAAACGAUGAACACCAAGGCCGUAUCACGUAUUUCCGGAUAAAAAGUCAGAAAUAUUAAUGUUACCAGGCACCCAAAGCAAACUUUAACUGUCCAAGUGGUAGAACUAUUUCACGUCAUAUGAUUCUGGUUUGUGACGGUGGAUGCAGGGUGUUGAGUACUGUGGGCUAAAGUGUUAUCUAGUUUCACAGAAGCGCCAGAAGGAUGUGUGUAUGUGCAUGUAACGUUGGUUGGAAUAAUAUGUGUCAAAUAAAUGGUGUACGCUGGACCAAACUUUCCUAAAAAUGUGUGUGGUGAUGAGUUGAACAAGGUUGUCGUGUACAUGUGUCUUCAUUAAAACUCGCUACAUGUGGGAGGUUUGGAGAAGCUUAUAAUUCUGUUGGAAAUCACCAGGAUUCACAGAUUUAGUGUUAAAUGUGCAUUGUUUUCUUGAUUUGAGUGUGAUUAUUAAGACUAUGAUUAAAAGAUGAUACAUAAUACCUAUUACAUAAUCCUUUCAAUUCAGCAAAGACAUUCAAAGACACACUUGGAUUAUUGUUUGGAUUAUUGGGGUGUGACAGGGGGCUGAACAUUAUGUUUUAUUUAUACAACACCCUCCCCCCGAAAAUCUCAAAAUGAUAUAACAGUAUUGUUCUCUGCAUAUGGCAAAACACACUUUUAUGAUCCACUAAUCCAUUUAUUUAGUAUAUUAAAUCUCACAGGAAAGGCUGAAAUAACGUAUAAAUAUGGGAAUAGGAAGAACACAACAGAUGUUCCCUCAAAAGAAGUUACUACUACCCUCCCUUCAGCAAAAAUAAAAUGAAUCCCCCUUUUUUUGACUGAUAAUUUUUCAUACUUUCCUUUAUUUGACAAAAUGAUCCACUUAUAGACACACAAGAUGCAAAACCUCUGUAUGAAAUUAGUAUUCUGUGCUUAGCUGCUACUAAAAAGUCACAGAAACAAAACAAUUGACAGGUUUAAAUGUUUCAAAUGUGGGUGUGUUUGUUUUGUUAUGUGCUGGAGGCCUCUGUUCUCUAAACCUGGAGAGCAGCUCUACUGUAUGGUUGCCUGGUAUGAAGCCCAUCUAAUGUUUCCCAAACCUCUGACUGUGCUGUGAUUUUUGCCUUCAGCACUUCAAGGAACCAAACAAGGCCAACCUGGUAAUCUGAGUAUUUGUUACUAAAUGGGGUUUGGUCCUAAUGCCAUUUCUCACCUUAUUUGACCUAUGAACUACAUUAUAAAGGACUGGCUCCCUCUGUCACCUGCUGUCCUGCUCAGCUCCUACUCCUCCUGCCAAGGACUGAUGUUGUAGUCAAGUGUGUGAAUACACUUUCUGCUUCUCUGUGAGUAUUUUUCUUUUGGUUUGGAUGAGUUGGGCUACAUGUGGCUGACAGUUUUUUAAGUUAUAUGUAAACCUUGACAGCGUUAACACUUAAUAUGUUCUGUCUCACUUCUACUUAAAGCUCUGUAUAUUUGCCACCAUUUUGCAUACACAGUAUCUAAUAAACGUUCCUGGUUUGGUACACCUG